UUAUGCAUAUUACUUUGUGCAGCGGCAUUUGUCUUGAAACCAUGCCAUGAGGAAGCAGCGAAAAAGCAUGUUAAGGCUCACGAGGAUGCCAUGGCUUAUUCCUUACUCCUAAUCAAUUUGCGUCAAAAGAGUUUCAUCAAUGGCUCACUCAACAAUACCUUCUACACAGCAUUCAUCUCAUUUCUAGCAAUUCUGUUAUUUUUCUCCCGUACCGUUCCGGGAAUAACCGCCCCAUUUCGCUGUCCUGACGGAUGUGACUGUGAUCACAUAAACGACAAAGUAGAUUGCACCGGAAGGGGAAUUGCUUAUUUAAAUCAAAAUCUAUCCGUUUCUACUCGUGUGCUGUUGUGUGGUGACAAUGCAUUUAAAGCGAUAUCAAAAGAAAAUAUAAAUCUCACCCACUUGCGGAAACUUCGAAAACUAUCUUUCGCAAAUAAUGAGAUAACUAUUGUGCGGACUGGAGCUUUUCGAGGUUUGGAGAAGAUAUCAUUUCUUGACCUUAGCAGAAACAACCUACGAAGUAUUCCUAGUGAUAUACGACUUUUAAGAUCACUGAAUACCCUUAAACUAGAUGAGAAUGCUAUACAAAGGAUUUACAGAGAUGAAUUCCAUCCUGAAUCUAAACUGGAAGCUCUCUCCAUGGCACACAACAACCUAGAAAUCCUUGAAUCUGACACCUUUACGAAUCUUCAAUCUUUACUCUACAUAAACCUACAAAACAACUCGAUCAGCAAUGUCAGUAGAAGUGUGUUCACUGUUAAUGAGUUUCUUAUAGAGAUGGACAUGUCUUGGAAUCAAUUGGGUUUCUAUGAUCCUGAACUGCACAUCAGUGAUUGGUUUCAGCUACCCGCACUGAACUUGAACAGAUUAAGCAUCAGUCACAACAUGAUACAGGGAUUCAAUAAGGGUGCCUUUGAUUUGCUUACCGAGUUGAAGAAGCUCGAGAUCCAAUCCAACGAGAUCUCGCAACUAAAUCACGAUGUCUUUCAAAACCUACAUUCUCUCGAGAUCUUACUCUCUAGUGACAAUCAAAUCAGCAGUCUACCAGUGCAGCUCCUAAAGGGAUCACUUGAUGUACACACCGUAGACUUUAGCAACAACUUUAUAUCCGACGUCCCAGCAGGAAUAUUCUCGACAAACGAAGCUCUGGAGACCAUCAACUUUUCAGGUAAUGACCUAAGUGAUAUUGAUUGGGUUGUGCAUACUUCCAGUAGUUUACGCGAGUUGUACCUUUCCGACAAUGUAAUCAGCUCACUUCCAGACAUAACAUUCAAAUUUUGUGUUAAUAUGGAGAUCCUUGAAAUGCAAAACAACGCUCUGACAGAAUUUCCUAAGUUAAUGAAUAUGACGAAUCUAGAAACUCUAGAUUUGACCAACAACCAGAUAUCAGUCGUGCCAAGAGACACGCGUUUUGUGCAAUAUCAACAUCUUACUUUUAUUUCGCUCGCAUGGAAUCGACUAGUAACGUUGGAAGAAGAUAUCUUUAAUUCCCUACCGCCUGUGGAGACUUUCGAUGUAGCUGAAAACCCCUUCAAAUGUGAUUGCCAUUUGCUUUGGAUGGAUGAUAUAUACGCUGCAUUAUGGAACGGAGAAGAGGUCCCUCCAAACUUGGAAACCUGGCUUCCGACCACGUUUGAAAGCAUGGUGUGCGAUCAACCUAAAGGUUUCCGAGGCGAGUCAGUUGCCAGGUUGGCGGAAAACAGGAACAACUUCAUGUGCUCUUCGUUUGCCAGCCGUCGAGGAGUGAUCGGCCUGAUCCUCGGGUGGCUGAUUCUCCUAUUAACUAUUGUUGGUGUGUACUGGAGAUGGAAAAUUAAGAAAGCAAGGAGGCACAUGCGAGCUUGGAAGACGAAACGGAGGAAGAAAAGAUUCAAAGACAGACUGACAAAGAGGGUCCAAUCGGAUGAGGAUCGUGUGAACAGCAAUAGAUCAAAUGGAAGAGUCAAGAUGUAUUCUCCUAGUCAGCACGAAUACAUUAGUCAGUUUGAUCGUGACUCGUAUCAUUCUGUGGCAAAUCCUGGGGAAAAGACUUUCAGUCCAGCGUGUGUUUGUUUGUUACAACAUGAUGACUCCAUGCAGAGCUGUGAUCUCCUAUCCGAGACCACGGUGUGACAUUGUUCUCGGGAAAAGU